UUGGGGGUCAUUAACAUGUGUCACAAAUAGGGGCUGGGAAGGAGCUCUCCCUGAGCUGCAGGAAAUGGAUCUGACCAUCUCAGGACUCAGAUCCAGUAAGUGCUAGGGGACACGCUUCUUCCCCGGGAUUCUCCAGAGCUAAAAGAGUGGAGAUCUGGAAGAUCUCGGGGGCGGGACGGAAAGGAGGGGGGGACCGUACCCUGGUGGGAAGAGAAAGUCACGUGUUGUUGAUUUCCAGAUUUAGAACUUGGGCCUCCUCAAGGUUUGGGCUAAUCCAUUAGAUUGUCGGGAAUGGGGGGGGCGCCCUAUCUUCAUAAAGAUCAUGUCACCCUAAAUCUAACCAAGUUCCCUGAGUCCCCGCUAACAGGGAUGACCUACAAGGAGGCACAAAGGCUCAAGCAAAUCACGUGACCUGGGGUUUUAAGGGAAUGAGGAGACGGUCGGGUAGGGAUGAGGGGCCGCAUUAGGUCACUUAAGGUGGCGAGGCUGGAUGCCAUAGGGUGAUGUGAGCAGGGAGAAGACUGACGGGUGACGUUUAGAUGACGCAUAUUUAUCCUCUUCCCUCCCCCGCCUUGGAACUUCACGUCCGGUGAUGAGCCUCUUCCUCUUUGCUUCCGGUAGGGGCGAAGCAUCCUUGAGUCCUGGCAGUCUCACUUCCGUUCAGGUUGCAGCUGCAGCUUCCCGUUUCCGUUUUUCCUGAGGGCGAGGAGAGCACUUCUUCGUGCGCAUGCGCAGACUCCUCCACCGGAGGGGGAGGGGUUGGAGUUGUAGGAUUGGGAGGAGCAGGAGGGAAUUACAACCUGUGGAACGUUGAGGGGGUCCCAGUGGCCGGACUCUUCCUAUUGGCUACUGGAGGUGGAGGGGGGCGGAGCCUAGGGUAUUGGGUGCUUGUGAGGGGUCCCGGGGGUGGGUUGGGGAAGAGGGGGGUGGUGGAGGGGCCAGCAUUUCAUACUGGGAAUCUUGGAGGCCUUGGGGUUUGGAUCAUUCCGUAAGACCCCCACCAGGUGCGGGGGGGUGGCGUGGGAAAAAGUUGGGUCAGCAUGCGGGACCGGACCCACGAAUUGAGACAGGGAGAUGACAGCUCUGAUGAUGAGGAGACUGAGCGAGUGGCCCUGGUCGUGCAUCCGGGUACAGCCAAGUUGGGGAACCCCGACGAGGAAUUCUUCCAGAAGGUCCGGAGCAUCCGACAAACCAUUUCGAGAUUGGAGAACAAAGUCAAGGAAUUGGAGAAGCAGCAGAUCACCAUCCUCGCCACGCCUCUUCCUGAGGAGAGUAUGAAGCAAGAUCUCCAGAAUCUGAGGGAAGAGAUAAAACAAUUGGGGAAGGAGAUUCGGACUCAGCUGAAGGCCAUUGAUCCCCAGAAGGAGGAAGCAGAUGAAAACUGUAAUUCUGUCAACAUAAGGAUGAGAAAGACCCAGCAUGGAAUCUUAUCCCAACAAUUUGUUGAGCUCAUCAACAAGUGUAAUACAAUGCAGUCAGAAUACCGGGAAAAGAACGUAGAACGGAUCCAGAGGCAGCUAAAAAUCACCAAUGCUGGAAUGGUGUCAGAAGAAGAGCUGGAGCAGAUGCUGGAAAGUGGACAAAGUGAAGUGUUUGUGUCCAAUAUUCUGAAGGACACACAAAUGACACGACAAGCACUGAAUGAAAUCUCCACCCGACAUGGGGAAAUCCAGCAGCUUGAACGAAGCAUCCGGGAACUCCAUGAAAUCUUCACCUUUCUGGCCACUGAAGUGGAGAUGCAGGGGGAAAUGAUUGACAGGAUUGAGAAGAACAUUCUCAGUUCAGCAGAUUUUGUGGAACGAGGUCAGGAGCAUGUCAAGUCUGCACUGGAGAGUCAGAAGAAGGCCAGGAAGAAAAAGGUCGGGAUCGCUAUUUGUGUCGUUAUUGCUGUCCUCAUCCUUGCUUUAAUCAUUGGUCUCAGCAUAGGAACCUAAUAGCAACCUUCAUCAGCUGAGGCCAUUCCUGCCGCUGACCCUGGCCGUUCCUCGGGUGCCACCCGGCAUCAGCUGCGGAACGUGCUGGCCAUUGGCAAGCCCCGGAGCUCACCACGCGGACCAACUCCCUGGACCUGAGUUGGGAGCUGAACCCUAAAAGAGAGAGGACUGGGCUGCCGUCGUAGCCGAGCUGCGGUGGCACUGGGCCUGAGACCGAAGGGUAGGGGAGAACGGCCGAAACCGCUGCGGAGUCGGAGCCAGAAAACCACGCCCCUCCGCACUUCGAGUGCGGAGAUGGGGUGGGUGUGGCCAAAGUGGGACUGUAUGAGGAUUGGGUCCGGGAUCCGGAGGUGGGCGGAGCCUCGGUUGAGUUCCAUUCAGAAAAGAAAGCUAAGCGGGAAGCCGAGUGGGAAAGAUGUGUUGGGACUGAAGGGCCGGGCCGUGAUUGGCUAGAAGCGAGCAGAAGGCGGGAUCAGAGUUCAAAAGAUCGGGUUUUAGAGAAACCCUUUUGGGGGGCUUGAAAAGGCCGAGAGUAGCCCCAGGUUUUCAGUGCAAAUUCCUCUACCCAUUCUCAGCAGCCUGGGCUCGGCAGGACACCUCUAACUUUGUGCUACUUGAGAUUGCGUGUCCUGUAUACAGGUAGGUGAGGGGCACCCAUCCUGGGUCUCUUGGGCGAGAACUAGCUGCAGGGAAAGGGACAUUUAGCUCUCUCGAGGUUUGUGGGGUGGUUUAGGAAAAGAGACACUUGGAUCGCCGAGUAGGGAGUUGGGUGGAGCUGGUUGAGGCUGAAAAGGCUUCGGAACAAUCAACAUACAUUUAUUAAAUACCUGUUAUUGGCCAAACACGGUCCUAAGCCCGAAACAGGAUCUCUUCUCUCUCCCCACCUUAUCCCCUCGAGGAGGGAGCCCAAGUCCAGCAGUUCGGAUCCGCACCGAUAAAGAAAAUAGGUUUAGUCCCUAGGAGGUAGAGGACAAGAUGUGUACACGAGACCUGCUGGAGUAAAGGGGUUUCGAGAGCAGGGCAGCUGAGCUUUGGAACUUUUCUUCUUCCUCCAGCAACUACUUCCUUUUUUUUUUUUUUUAAUUUAAAUUUUAUUUUAUUUAAUAAUAACUUUGUAUUGACAGAAUCCAUGCCAGGGUAAUUUUUUACAACAUUAUCCCUUGCACUCGUUUAUGUUUCGUUUUUUCCCCUCCCUCCCUCUACCCCCCCCCAAGAUGGCAAGCAGUCCUAUAUAUGUUAAAUAUGUUGCAGUAUAUCCUAGAUACAAUACAUAUUUGCAGAACCGAACAGUUCUCCUGCAGCAACUACUUCCAAUGCGUUAUUGUAUACUCCAUCACCUUGGUCCAGGCUUUUUCCUCUCUUCCUAUGAAUUACAUCAAGGGCACCUACUGGGUUUGAUCCAGGCCUCUGGGACUAUGUCACCCGCCUGCUAUUUGGUGGCCCGCCUGGCAUUUGUCACUGCACUGCACCUCUGCUUGGCUAUGCUGAAUGGAGUCACACCUCACACACUAUGCAUUUCAUUUUCUUUGGAGGGCUUGGAGGGCUGGUGGGUAGUUCAGCUCUGCCCCCUGCAGCUCCCAUCUUCUACUGGUUUCUGAGAUUCCCCACUAAGGGGCACACCUUGAGAACCAGAGGAGGUGAUAAGGGAGAGGCAACUAUGGCAUUGUGGACACAUUCCUUUACUUCAGCAGUCAGUGCAGCCUCUGAACUCUGUCAGGCUUGGUUCUCUCCAUGCGGGCCCACUUUACUCUGCUGAGUAAAGAUCCUCAAAGAUCCAGGGAGGGAAGCGCUGCACCAAGCCCUAGAAUUUGUGUCUGGGGAAAGAAAAAAUGGCUUCUUUGGAAACUUCCUGGCCUGGUGUCUGAGGGAUGAGAAAUGAGCAUGUUCAGGUGGCUGCCCUGAGACAUGGGACACGGAAAUCUGAGGGGGCUUAAGGAACAGGGGGGAGGCAGAGGAGCACUCAUCUUGAGGAGUAUCUUGCAGUGUCACUGAGGCCCCUGUGCUUGUGACUCUUGAGACCCUGAAGAAAUCCAUUAUCAUGAUACUAGACCAUAACUCUCCUACCUGGCACCAUACUUGUGACUUUGAUCACAUUAGUCUGGGUCAGAGUGUGAAAACCCAGUUGCAUUUGAAGGUAUGAAACCAGGACUUCUUCACUGGUAAUGAUGACCUAGAUAGUGGUAGCUAUGAUUUGGACACCAAAGAAAGCCACUAGAUUGGCUGUCUGUCGGCCCAGAGUUGAUUAGAACAUAACUGCUUGCUGACUUGUGGGCCCUACAUGGUGGGAAAGAGUAGCUUGCCCUUCUCUGCUUUAAACCCUGUACUUUUAUGUUGUAUCCCACUCUGUACUCCAAAGGCAUAGCAAUUACUUUUGGAUUAUUGGUUGCUUUGUAUUACUUGUAUUUCUUCUCUAGUCUUUUGGUGUAAAUCCUUGAAAAUAAUGACUGUGGUAAUAAUUUACAUAGCACAUAAAGCAUUUUGCAAACUUUUAAGUACAUUAUUUCAUUUGAACUUUAAAGCAAUCUUCUGAAGUAGGUACUAGGUGACCCAAUGGAUAGAGCAGUGGAUUUAAAAGUCAAGAAGACCUCCGUUUGAAUCCUACCUCAAGUAAUUUAACCUCUCUCAGCCUAAGUUCCUCAUCUGUAAUGGAGAUAAUAAUAGCACCAACCUGCCAGGGUCAUCUUGAGAAUCAAAUGAGAUUCUAUUUAUAGAAUUCUUUGUAAGCUUUAAGGCCAUAUAUGAAUGCUAGCUAUUAUCAUUAAUAUAAUUUUUGUUGUCUCCAUUUUACAGAUGAAGAAACUAAGUCUGAGUAGUCAGGUGAUUAUCCAUAUUUACAAAUUUCAGAGUUGACAUUUGAAGCCACUUCUUCUUGACUUUGAUAAAACUUCACAUGCCAAUAUGAAACUAAACUCAUUUCUAUAAAUAAAUCUUGUGCUUUUCAACAAGCAUUUUUUACUGCAUGCAGAACUCUGAAAAGUGAUAAGGCGAUGCAUAGAAUGGACAUUAGUCAGUUUCUGCCUUCUCAUCCAGUUUAGUUCAAUAAGGAUGGGAUAUGACUCAUAUCUGAAAAUUGAUCAUUCACAAUGAUAAUACCACUCUGCAAUAUAGAUCUGGUGAGAGAGCUAGAACUAUAAUAUCCAUAAUGAGUUUUAGAUUGGGUAUAAAAUGACCCUGAAAAAAAAAAAAAAAACACCAGAAUUGAUGGUCAACUGGAUUGAAAAGCAUUGUAGGUGGGAGCAGAUCCUAUAGAAAGGAGCAAGAUGACAUCAGUCAAAACAUCCACAGCUAUUCUGUACUUUCUGGUCACAUCACUAUAUUCUUCAAAUAUGUGCCUCUUAACACAUGAUUUAGUGACGUGGACCCCAUGUGAAUCACCCACACAUAAUUUUUUAAAGAUCCACCCUUUCCACUAAGUGUAUAUAUUUGUGGAAGAACAAAUUCAAGGCUUAGCAGAGAGACAUGUUAUAUUAUUACUUUGUUUUCAUUGCUAUUCUUGUAAAGGAGAAGCAGCUUUAGAAGCAAGGCCUUCAAGUCAGAAAAUUCACAUUCUAUCACUAACACAUACUAACUAGUUCUAUGAUCCAAAGCAAGCUAUUUCAAAGUGCCUCCAUGAAACUCUAACAUAAUGAAGUUACUAAUCUACGUUGGUAGAGGAAGUUUUCUUACUGGGAGUUUCCUGAAACGAUAAGAUCAUGGAUCUGGUCCAUAAUAAAAUUUUUAAUAUACUAUAAUAUGUUCUCUGCAGCUAGGUGACUCAGUAGAUAGAGAGCUGGGCCUAGAGUUAGGAAGACUCGGCCUUAGACACUUACUAGCUGUGUAACUCCAAGCAAGUCACUUAACCUGUUUGCUACUGAGAAGGAAAUAGCAAAUCACUCCAAUAUAUUUGCCAAGAAACCCCUAUGAACAAUGUGGUUCACAAAGUCACAGAGUUGGACUGGACUGAACAACACUGUGAGGUCAUAGGAGGUCAUUAAAGACUGGAUUGAACAAGGAAGGUUUUAUGGAGCAAUUGACAUUCUAAGCAGAGCUUUAAAGUCUGAAUAGGUAUUACUCAAUAUGCAGCGUUGAGGGAGAGCUCUGUUGGUAAAGAGAAUAACAGACUAAUAUGGGAAGGGGGUAUAUUCAGAGGAAGAUAAUCAAGAAAUUGGUAUCUUUGAAGCCAAAGGGAGAGAGAGAAUCCCGCAGGAGAAAGAAAUUAACAGUGUUACAUGUUAUAGAAAGAUCAAGGAUAAGAAAGACUAAAAGAAAAAAGACUUUUGGAUUUGGUGAUUAGUAAGUCAUUGCUAACCUUUGAGAGAACGAGCAGUUGCAGUAAAAUAGCAGGGGUGGGAACCAGACUUCGGGAAGUUGAGGUGAGUGGGUGCAUGUGAGGAAACACGAGAAGCCAGCCAAGGAUAUAUAAGGAGCAAUUAGAGACACUAUACCCCUAUUAAAGCAACCCAAGAUGGAAUAAGUUUUUGUGAUUGCCACAUCACAAAGCUGACUCAUCUUGAGCUCACCAUCCACUACAGCCAUGCAUACAUACAUAGUUUCCUACUCUUGUAUUCCCAUUAUCCCAUGUCUGGCAUUGUUAGAUAUGACAUUUAAUUCAAUUUGACAAGCAUUUAUUAAGUGCCUGCUGUGUGCAAGGCAGUGUGGUAAGGUGCUGAAGAUACAGAGACAAGGUGUUUAAUUCUAUAAAUGGUUAUGAUAUUCAUACACAUAACUGAAGGCCCCAAGAAACUGAGGAGAGACAAUACUAAAGACUAAGAAAGGCUCAUCCUAGAAACUGGUAUCUGAGUUGAGCUUUAAAGGAACAAAUGGCUUCUAAAAUGUGGGCAUGAGGAAACAGUGCCUUCCAGGAAGGGGGGGACAAAGUGCAAAGGUAAUGAAUUAGGACAUAGGAUGGUGAACUUGGGGAAAUAUUGAGAAGGCCAGUUUGGCUGGAGUGUAGCAUUUGUGAAAGAGAAUAAUAUGAAAUAAGCCUGGAAAGAUAAGCUGAAACCAGAUUGUGAAAGACUUUUAUAAAUGCAGAGAUGAAUUUGUGAUUAAUUUUGGAAUCCACAGAGAGCCACCAAAAAUCGAGUUAGGUAAUGAUAAGGUCAGACCUGUGCUUUAGGAAGAUAUUUUGGUAACUGUGUGGACAGUAGAUUGGAAAGGUGGAUUAGAAGCAAGUAGAACAAUUAGGAGACUAAAUGCAAUAGCCCAGGUAACAUGUGAUGCUGGUCCUUGACUUAAAGUGCUAGCCAUAUGAAUAGAGGUCCUUAAUUAGACUAUAAACUCUUUGUGACAGGGAUCAUGUCUUAUUUUUCUGCCAUCCUAAAGUGCCUUUGUACACAGUAAAUGAGUGGUAGGGGCUCUUGGGGAUAUACAUUUAGAGGAAUUAUAAUAACAUUUCUAAAGGAUUUUAAGGUUUACAAAAUGCUUUUCUUAUAAUAUGAGUAGCACAAGUAUUCUUUUUUUCAGCUUCCCUCUUGCACAUCCAUUUUAAAGAUGAGGGAACUGAGGCUUUGGCAGGUUGCAUGACUUGCCCAUUGUUCACACAGCUAGCUGGAAUCCCCAAACAGUUCUACUCACUAUAGGUCUAUCACUCUUUUUACUCCACUACCCUGCCUCUGAAGAGGAAAGCAUCUGCUUUCUCUCCCAAAGUAGGUUAGAGUAAGCUGAGGAUGGCAAGAGAACAAUUCCAGAGCAAUAAAUAGAUCAACAAGCACUGGAUACUGAGAGGCAGAAUGUACAUGAACACUGAGGGAAUUCAGAGUAAGAGAGGCUCAGCAUGGGCUAGAAUUAGGAGAGGUUUCCUGCAGUCACUGCACUUUGUGCUGGAUCUUGAAGAAUGGGCAAGAUUUAUAUAGGUCAAGAGGAGGAGGGAAGGCAUUGUAGAUAAAAGGAGCAUCCUGAUCAAAAGUGUGUGUGUGUGUGUGUGUGUGUGUGUGUGGUCAGCCAAUGAGAAAAUUAGCUUGACUGAAAUGGCAGGUUUACAUCAUGAAAAAGAGAGAUGAAUGGAUUUGGGAGUGAGAAAGGAAGCUUAGCUAGCAGGAGGCAAAAAGAGAUGAGAGAGAAUAAUACAAAGAAAUCAUGAAGUGAAAGCAAGAACUAAACUCCACUUCUAUCUUAAAUUCAGUAAACAUCUAUUAAGCACUUAUAGGGAUGGGAAUACAAAAAUUAGAAAAUUAUAUAAUACAGUCUUUGCCUUCAAAGAGGUUACAGUGGUGGGCAGAGGUGGAGGAAUACAACAUAUAUACAGAUUAAGUAUGACCAUAAGGAAGAAUGCGAGUGUCAAAAAAAAAAAAAGAGAGAGAGAGAGAAAGAUAAGAUAUACAGUUAAAGUACUAUAAAAUGAUAUAAGAACAAGAUAACUUACAUCCUAAGCAUGGGUUGGAAUCAGAGAAAACUUCCUGGUAGAGGUGACACAAGAGGAAACUUAAAAGAAAAAAAAAAAGGCUUUCAUCAGGUGGAAAUUGAAUGGGAGUAUAUUCUAGUUAAAAAUAAUAGACAGGGUAAAUGUAAGGAAGGUGAAGGGAGCAGACCAUAUUUUGGGAACCAGCCAUUUUGUGAUAUACUUUUUCAAGUAUUCCUAAAUAAUUUAAUUCCUAAAUAAUGUAAACUCAAUGAAAUCACUGAACUUCAAAAAUUGUCUUUUCUUCUGCUCUGGUAUAGGACUGAUAUCCAAGUGACCAGAAAGGGACCUGUGUAUCCUGUAGAAUAGAAUCUUUCCUCAAAAAAGCAAUCAUGAAACUCAUUAUAGCCCAAAGACAUACUUUUCUCAAGUACAUUUUAAACUUCCAUUAGGGUUUAUUAAAUACUUAAUCUGUGCAAAGUCAAUUACUAGUACCAGCCCCAAACCUACCUGUAUAAUAUAUCCUGACAGAGACAUUAUGACCUUUUUUUCCAUCUGGGAUGAGAAUAUUUUGGAGGCACAAGAAAUAGUAACAGUACAAAGGAGAGUCUGACUGUGGAUACAGUUAUGCAAGGGAAAUUACCAGUGUAGUCUUUGUGCCAGCAAUGUUGGGAGGGGAGGCUAGGUGAUUUGGGGGCACUGAGUCUGAUAGGAAAUACUAAAGUGUGCCAUUAGGAGGAUGUUAGCUAUCAAGGAAAAGAAGGACCUUGUCCCUGGAUUGUGGAGCAUCCUCUAAUGCUCUUAUUAACAAAAGAGUAGGAGAUGGAGAUGCAGGGAUGGUGGCUGCCAAGAGAAAUCAUGGCUUCUUGAAGAGGAAGUAAGUACUGCUGGAAAUGGGUGACCUGGUAUCCUGGGGCAAAGUGCCCUUAACCACAUAAAAGUUAAAGUUCUGCAUCAUGAACAAUUGGAAAAUUCAUAUAUGGCAUCUUGUUCUGAAGCCACCCAAUAAAGAUAGCUAAACCCCAAAUUACUUAUACAACAAACGCUUAUUAUAACACUUGUGCUUAGGACAAUGAAAGCCUUAUCAUAAUAUUGUUGUUCAGGCCCAGGAUGACCCCAUUAUAAAUCAAGAGUAGGAUAACCCUUUGUCAUAAUGCUGGUGUUAGGAGCUGAAGAUUACCCCCUUAUGGACUUUCUGGAUAUUGACAGGUAAAGGGAAGCCAGUCUGAGGUUUUUUGAAUGGCUAAUCACUAAACUCCUUUUGAUGAUAAUACCUUAUUUCUAUCAAAUGAAAUUUCAAAAAAAAGAAAAAAAAAGAAAAAGAUUUGAAUCAGAUAAACUCUCAAGGCCCUUCUAUCCCUAAAUUCCAUGCUUUUCUUUCUUUUUCUUUCUUUCUUUCUUUCUCUUUUGUUGUUUAGAGUUGCUUCCUUCCCAGACCUAGCUGAAUCUGAAAGAUCUGGCUAUCAGCCACUCCUCUUCUCUUUGAGCUAACUACAAUAAAGUUAGGCUAAAUUUGCUACAUGAACUUAUGUGAGCAAUUUCUUCCUUUCUGAACAUAAUUUCCCCAGCAUGAACAUGAAGAAACUUCAAUAGUUGAUGUGCUAGAUAGACUCUCUUCUAGCUCUGACAAAUUUAGAUGUGAAAGGAAAUUAUGAUUUUCAUUCAUAUUAAAUGAUAUGACAUGUAUAAGGAAUUUAGAUUUCUUAGAGCUGCCUUUUCUAGCUUAGGAAUCAGAAAUUCACAAUACAACUUAAAAUUACCAAUCAUUCUGACAAUAGCUAUGUUCUUGUGCUGUACUGUAUCUGUAUAAUAAGUGAAGUGAAUCAGGACUACAGAAAAUUGUUCCUUUCACAGAACUCUAGUUCUGUGACCUAGGAAGGGAAUGAUCGUGAUUCUCAAGAUUUGAAACAAUCUAAGAAUUGUUAUAUUAUCUUCUACUCAUGAGCUUGUUGUGGGAAUGAAUGUAUUGUAAUCCUUCUCCUCCCUCUCUUACCACUUAUGAUUUUUGUUUGAAAUCUCUAACUUUAUGCUCUAACUUUCAGAUCAGGGGCUUCUGCCCAGGAAAGUUUCCAGUUUACAAAUCAAAUUCCUCACUCUGAAAGUGAUUGAUUAAACAGCUACUUGAUCUCUAAAACCCUGUCUCUAGGCCUGCUUUGUAUAGAUCUAGUUAUUCAUUUUAGAGACUGAAAGGGCAAAGUUCUGUUAACAGAUUUCAUCACUCUAUCCCUUUUCUAAGUAAUGUGCCCCAAUAUGAUAGCAGUGACCUCAGCCUUAUAAAGAGAGAAAGCAGGCUGUUUUAGUAACUGAGCCCUGACAUUGAUAUCUAAAGAGCUCUCCUAUAAUCUUAACAUACUACAUGAAACUAGGAAAGGUUCCUAAGAGAGUACAGGGAAAAUCAAGGUAGGCUCAGGCUUUAGGUCAGGGAAGCAAAAAUAUUGGGGCUAUAGGAUCACAGAUUUAGCAUUCCAAGAUCAUCUAGUUCAAUUACUUCAUUUUUUCAGGUAGGGACACUGAGACUCAGGGAGGUAAAGCUUGCUCAAAUUAGUACUAAGUUGCAUCUCUUCUGACAAUAAAUUUAGUUUAUUUUCACUAUAGUUUCACGUGUUCUCUGCGUAUGUCUCUGUUGCUGCUCUUGGAUGUUGGUAGAAGUUUCCUGGUGUGGGGAAUAGAGAGAUAAGGUGAAGAACUUACAGGAAUGAAUUCUUUUUCUGUAUUUUAUUUUCAUUAUUUCUGUGUUUCCCCUUUGAUCUGUAUUUUAUGUGCAGACUCAUAUUUACUUGAGCCUUGGCCAGCUAGAAACAUAUUUACUUAACCUGAGCUGAUGACAUUUAUUGGUAUUUGACCUCUAUCUAUAUUUAGUCUAUUAGCUGGACCACUAUCUGCUUGAUUAAGCCUGAAGGCCUGAUUUUCUGUUUCCUAGAAAUCUGGAGAUUUCCCUGAAACCUUCCAUUCUAAUCUCUCCAAAUAACAACCACCAAUUAGAUGCCUCCCCCUUCCCUUCUCAGUGCUCUCUUACUUGUGAUGUAAUUUCUUGUAUAAAAGCUAUGUAUCUUUACUACUUCUUUAGCCCUUCUACCGGGAGCUUUCUCUUUCUUAUCUCCUGAGGGGAUGGCUCAUCCUCCGGAGGUUUUCAAUAAACAACUUUUCUGCCUUCUA